AUGGUUUCUCUCCGCGACAUCAGCCUUCUGCUCCUCGCAGCCCCCGCCCUUGCAGCGCCAAAAGGCCCCGCCGAAGUAACAGUCAAAACCCUCCCCUUCUCCCCAUCCUCCGACACAUUCAAAGCCCCCUCAUCCUCAGCAUCCACCUCUCCCGCCUCAGACGCCGCCCAGAAAGCAGCAUGCCAACUUCCCCUCCGCUUCACCAACUUCGCCCUCUACUCCGACACAGGCUGUCAGAACGUCAUCUACGACCCGUUCAUGCUCACCUGGGACCCGUGCAAGAAUUACCAGUGGACAAACGCCCUGGCGAACGGUGUUAUUUUUCAGAGCAUGAGAUGGACGGGUGGGAGUAAUGCGCAGGACUUUUUUGCUUGUCAGCAGGGCUUUGGGUGCGAUCAUAAUGUUGCGAGGAUUGUACAGCAGAGCAAUGUUUGUUCGUCUGGUGGAGGGCUGCACUUUGACAAGCUUGCUGUCAACCCUUAA